GGCGCAUUCCCACCACAGCCCUUAACAAGUCCUUAUCCAGAGGGCCGCCUUCAGUGCCAAAAGGGGCGCGGGGACGAGAUCCCAGGGCUGUUCGAGGAGGGCCACGUGCAUUUGUUUUGGAGAGGGAGACGGUGAGCGAGGCGAGGGAGGUGCCAGUUAGUCGUCUGCCGCACACAGGCCUGCACGCUUCCCAGGAUUUCGGGCUUGUCUGAGCACUGCACGGCGUCUGCUCAGUAGCUUCCACGCCCACAUGCAGACCUCGUAGUGGGGGGGUGAUCUCUGAAUUUACCGAUCGCUGGAACAUGCUGGCAGUCACGUAGGCGCAGGGACACGGCGAAGGUGUUCGCGAAUCGCGUCCUGUAAAGGUGGUAACAUACCGGCGCGGAAGGGCGGCAGCGUCCGUCGUGCAAGGGAAAUAUCGGAGGCCAGACUCAGCAUACCUCGGAGUCUGGACUCGCUGGGAAGAGUGCGAGGCCUUGUGGCCGCCAAUGCCCGAUCCUUGAUUACACUUAUUACCUACUAAGCGUCGACGAUGCUUCGGGAACCAUGAGUCAUAGCUUGGAGAGCAGAGCCGUGGCUGCCGUGAUCAGCGACAUCACUGCCCCUUCCAUCACGGUCGCCAGGCACAAGCACCAGCAUGUCACCACUGUCCCGUUGACAGAGGCCCGAGAUCCUCAAGAUGCCCAACAAGAAGUUGUUACAACAUACCCCUCCUCUCAGAAGGAAACUGUUGAGGUUCAGAGUGCAAGUUCCUCGAGCAACGCAGCAGCACAAGUACAAGAGGAUGUUCGAAAAGUUGGGUCACACACCCAGGUCUUCAUUACCCUGGUGGUUGGUGCCGUGGCAGGAGGGCUUGCCAAGACGACCAUCGCUCCACUGGAUAGGACGAAAAUUAACUUCCAGGCAACGAACAAGAAGUUUUCCGCACGAUAUGCACUGAGGUUUUUGGUUGAAUGUUAUAAAUCAGAAGGACUACUUAGUCUUUGGCGUGGGAAUUCUGCCACCAUGGCUCGUAUUAUUCCUUAUGCUGCCAUUCAGUUCACAGCUCACGAACAGUAUAAGAAGCUCUUACAAAUUGAUAAAACUGAUCGAGAUACUCCAUCAUCAAUGAGAUUCCUGGCUGGAUCACUAGCUGGAGUGACCUCCCAGUUCCUGACCUAUCCACUGGACAUGGCCAGGGCUAGGAUGGCAGUGACUCGCAAGGGCACUUAUUCUUCUCUCAUGGAGGUAUUUGUAAAAAUCUGGAAAAAUGAGGGGCCUCUAACUUUGUAUAGAGGCUUGACUCCAACUUUGAUAGGAGUCAUACCAUAUGCAGGCACCAGCUUUGGAAUAUAUGAAACCCUGAAGAGCUAUCACAGUGCUCACUCUGACAAAGAAAAGCCAAAUCCUUUGGAAAGAAUGAUGUUUGGCGCUGUGGCAGGAUUGGUUGGGCAGUCUUCUUCAUACCCGCUAGACAUCGUUCGAAGAAGGAUGCAGACAGCAAAGGUCACUGGGAAUGGGAAUUCCUAUAAUACAAUUAUUGGAACUCUAGUCAAAGUUUACAGAGAGGAAGGCUUAGUCCAUGGUCUCUACAAAGGUCUUUCAAUGAAUUGGAUAAAAGGACCUAUUGCCGUGGGCAUCAGCUUCGCCACCUUUGAUACACUCAAAAUAUUCUUAGAGCAACUUGUGAAUGGCAGAUAGCAUCAUAGAUUGAUAUAACAAAUUCAGUGAUGAAAAGGUAUAUUACAAGAGAAUUAGAGAGAUUUCCAAGAUAUAGGGUAGAAUAUACAAUAAUAAACAUCUUCUUUUAGUGAAGAUGUCUGUGUUAUGCCUCAUCAACUAUGCCAUUGUGUAGUGAGGUAGUAUCUCCUACAGUGUGUCUUACCCAGAAUAGCUCAUAGAUUCUGUUUUAUGGGCUUCAUCAUUGUUGCUGUCCAAGUCAUAGUACAACAUACAGUAGUGGCCAUAUUAUUAGAAACUUUUGAGAACUGGUCUUCUGCAAAUUCAGUAGGAAAUAUAUAUACUGUAGUUAAUUUGUACAUGUUUUAAUGAAGGAGCGUUUUCUGUACCUUCUUUAACCUGGUUUUG